CAGGAGCCAUUUGCCUGAGGAAAAACCUUCAGCACGCAGCUGCACAGUGGGAAGUCAUCACUGUUGCUCUCUGGCUUGCCAGGACCUUCUUUCUCAUGAAGGUCCUUUUAUGUGCAUCUCAUUUGAGCAAAAAGGGAGACAUCCAUCGGGGCUUCCAGUUGCUUUUCAAGAAGCUGAGCAAGUCAGAGAGAUACUUCUCCCUGAGAAUGGCAAACGGGAUCUUUGUAGACAAAACUUGUGAAGUCCUGCCUACCUUUAAGGAGUCCUGUAUUAAAUUCUAUCACUCAGAGAUGGAGCAGCUCUCCUUUGCCGAAGCUGCAGAGGAGUCAAGGAAACACAUAAACACGUGGGUCUCCAAACAGACUGAAGGCAAAAUUCCAGAGUUGUUGUCAGAUGACUCAGUUGAUUUCCAGACCAGGCUGGUUCUCGGCAAUGCCUUAUAUUUGAAAGCGACAUGGGGUCGCCAGUUUGACGAAGGAUCCACCGUGGAAAUGCCAUUUAAAAUAAACAAGGAUGAGACAAGGCCAGUGCAGAUGAUGUAUCAGGAGGGCAUCUUUUGCUAUGAAUAUGUGAAGGAGGUGCCGGCUUCAUUGCUGAUGAUACCCUACAAGGGCGAUGAGCUGUGCUUUCUGGUCCUGUUACCUGAUGAGAGUGUGGACAUCAGCAAGGUAGAAGAAGAUCUCACUUUUGAAAAGUUAACAGCCUGGACCCAACCAGACACGAUGUCAUACACUCACGUUGAAGUUUUCCUUCCAAAAUUUAAGCUGGAAGAGGAUUAUGACAUGAAGUCUCUGCUGCAGCGCUUGGGAAUAGUGGAUGCCUUUGAAGAGACCAAGGCUGACUUAUCAGCAAUGGCUCCAGAGAGAAACCUGUGUGGGUCCAAGUUUGUUCAUAAGAGUGUAGUGGAGGUCAAUGAGGAAGGCACAGAAGCUGCUGCAGCAGCCUCCAGUGUCAAUAUAGUCCCCCUAUCCUCUGGUGGCUCCUGGUUCUGUGCUGACCAUCCCUUCCUUUUCUUCAUCAGACACAACAAAACCAACAGCAUCCUGUUCUGUGGCAGGUUCUCUUCUCCAUAAAAGCACAUAUACUACGUGAGAAGAGUUCACACUUCAGCAUUUCCCUCACACUUGCAGCUCUUUGAGGAUGAGCAAAUAGGGUGAAAGCGUGUUCUAGAUGAGGGAACUUUCUUCUGGUCAACUGAUCUUAUGAUGCCGCAUUCAGCUCUCCCUGGCCUGGAUGCAUCUGUGCCUUUGCCUUAUAUUUCUGAUGAUGGAAUAGAGCAUCACUUAUGCUACUGAUACCCAUAACUUUUAGUCAAUUAUGUACAACCAUUUAGAUGUGAUUUCACUGUGCAAGAGUGCCCUAAUGGGCAGGAGAGAGGGCUCAGAAGUAGAAAACCUUGCUACUCUUGUAGAGGACCAAGGGACAUUUCCCACCACUUACACCUCUUCUCACAAGCCCUAAAAGUCCAGUUUCCAUCCAUGACUUGAUACUAUUUUUGACUUCUACUGGCCCUUGUAUUCACAUGUGCACUUAUCCUCACUGAGAAUUUUACAGAAAAGUAAAUUUAUGUACAAGUUAAUUUAAAAAAUAAAGGGAUUUUGAAAAGAA